AUGCCAUGCAGCAGUUUUCCAGACGAGGAGAUGCCGAAAGAAGUGGCCUAUCGAAUGAUCAAGGAUGAUCUGGUUCUGGAUGGCAACCCCAUGUUAAAUCUCGCUAGUUUUGUCACUACCUACAUGGAAGACGAAGCCGAAAAACUCAUCGCCGAGUCCUCAAACAAAAACGUCAUCGACCAUGAGGAAUAUCCCAAGUCGGUCGAAAUCGAACAUCGCUGUCUCAACAUCCUGGCCGACCUCUUUCACACUCCCCAAAAAGAUGGGAAAGCUACAGCGGUCGGAACAGCAUGCAUCGGAUCCUCGGAAGCCAUCAUGCUGGGUGUUCUCGCCAUGAAGAAACGCUGGCAAAAUGAACGAAAGGCGCAAGGUAAAGACACCUCUCGUCCUAACAUCAUCAUGAGUACGGGUGUCCAGGUCUGCUGGGAGAAAGCAGCCAGAUAUUUCGACAUUGAAGAGAAACUGGUUCCCUGUACGGAAACGCGAUUCGUGAUCGAUCCAGUUGAAGCGGUGAAUCUGGUCGACGAGAACACCAUUGGCAUUGCAGCGAUCCUGGGAACAACAUACACGGGACAAUAUGAGGAUGUCAAGUCGAUCAAUGAUCUUCUGAUUGAAAGGGGCCUCGACACUCCGAUUCAUGUGGAUGCUGCUAGUGGUGGAUUUGUCGCGCCCUUUGUGAAUCCCGACUUGAUAUGGGACUUUCAACUGCGAAAUGUUGUCUCGAUCAACGUUUCCGGUCACAAGUCUACCCCGGGCAUCGGCUGGGCUCUCUGGCGAUCCGUCGAGUACCUACCGAAAGAACUCAUCUUCAACAUCAACUACCUCGGCGCCGAUCAAUUGAACUUUACCCUCAACUUCUCCAAGCCUGCAUCUCACAUCAUCGCACAGUACUAUCAGAUGAUCCCUGAUUACCUCGCCGACCAGCUCGAGGAUCAAGGCCUCCGCCCACACAUUGUCUUCGACGAGUUUGCACUGUCUCACAAACUGCGCGAGCGUGGUUGGAUUGUUCCGGCAUACACAAUGGCGGCAGACUGUGAGAAGAUGAGUAUGAUGCGCGUUGUGGUGCGCGAAGAGUUCAGUCAAAGUCGUUGUGAUAGUCUAGUCCAUGAUAUUCAAUUUGCUCUUCGGGUGUUGGCUGAGCAGGAAAUUCAGAACAUGCAACGCUAUCAAAAAUUGAUGCAAGGUCAGCUUGCACUUCCGAAAACACUUUGCGCCGAGACAUCAUGUCUUCCCAUCUCGUUGGCCCCGGAGAAGACUGGAAUCACAAUCAAUACUCGUGAAUGCAUUGAUACAUAA